ACAGUAUAAUCAAAUAAGCUGGGAAAGUUCUUAUUUUUAAAAUUUUUUAUUCAAUAUUUGCACAUUGAGUGCUUUAUGAAGCCAGUUAUUUACUUUUACAUGUAUCACUACUUUUGGCAGGAUCGAUCCUCCGUAUAUUCUCGGUCACCCAGGACAUUAAAAUGUUUAAAGGAAGACAGCUGGAUUGUCCAACAGGAAAAGUCCAGUUGCCUCCAGUUAAACCAGUAGCUUUUUGUUGGAGAGGAAACCAGUUUGGACCGACUGACUCCAGGUUUCAAACGAAUCGCAGCCGUCACAGAAAACGUCUCAUGUUGGUCAAAAGGUGAAAAUGGUCGCGUCACUUCCUGUUUGACGGAGCAGAGCUCUUGACCUCUGCUGACCCCUGAGGCGAGCCGUCUGAUUGCCUCGUUACGGGGUAAAUAUUGCCAUAGUGACGCAGAGCUGCUCCUGCUGGGUAUAAACGCUGCGGAUGGAACGUCAGCCUCGGCAUCCAGCAGGCCGCCGCAGCGCCGCCGACCUCAGAGCCUUCAGCCUCCACCACAUCCGAGUCGGUCAGCACCAUGGUCAGCGCCAGCAUACUGCUGCUCAGCGCCUCCUGCUGGCUGCUGGUGGCGCUGAGCACCUGCAACGAGCGGCUAGAGGAGCGAUCGCCCGAGUACGACUUCAUCAAGACCGAAGAGGAGAAGGAGCUGAUCGAAGCUCUGCAGGAAGUCCUGGAGAAGCUGAAGAACAAACAGCUGCCGUCGUCGGAGAAGAAGCUCGGCUGGCUUCCACCUUGCGACGCCGGUGAGCAGUGUGCGGUGCGUAAAGGAGCGAGGAUCGGGAAGCUCUGUGGAUGUCCCAGAGGAACGUUGUGCAACUUCAGCGUCCUGCAGUGUGCAUAGAGCUCAGAACGCUGUACAAACCAAACAAUAAACUUUUAAAAAACUUU